CUCCUCCGUUAGCAGUAAUUUACCCGUUGAUUUCGCAGCAUUAGGGUUAGGGUUCAUAGGGGCAGAAUUGGGGAUGUUCUUGCCGCUGGAAAGCUAGGUCUUUUGGUCAGAUUUUGCAGUUGAUUUGUGUUGGAAAUAGCAUUGAUAAAUUAUAUUCAUCUGUAUUUUUUUUCAUUUAAAUCAUGGACCCGGUAGACAUAUUGAACGUUCGAUUUCACUUUGGUGGCGAGUUCAUCCGCAUUGGUCCGAAGUUGGAUUAUGUGGGAGGAGAUGAAGGUUUUUCAGAGAUUGAGAGAGACAAACUAUCACUACAGGAGGUGAAAGGCUUUGUGAAAGAUCAUGUAGAGUUGAAGGAAUCCAUGAAGUAUUAUUUUCAUAUUCCUGGCAAAGAACUUCUCAAUGGGUUGUUGUUUCUUAACAAUGACAGUGUUUGUGUGAAGAUGUCAGAUUAUAUUUGUGUGGGUGGAGUUGCAGAUGUGUAUGUGGAGUACCAUGGGGAGGAGGACAGCCAUGACACUAGGAGUGGCAGUGAUUUUGAGGACGAUGAACUCGUGCAUUUAUCUGAUUUAGAACCAGAUCAGGUCAUUAGUGCAGAACCGGCUGAAGAUGAGCAUGAUGUGCUAGUGCUUGAUGAAACUGGUGUGAUCACACAAGUUUUGUCCAGCCCAGUGAAGCAACAAAAAAUUAUUAGAAGGAGAAAUGAUGCUGCUACUGACAGAGAAGACACCCAUUCGGAUUCAGAUUCAGAUUCCGACACUGAAUACAUGCCACAUAGCGAGGACAGUGGAGAAGAUUCCGAGGUUGUGCAACUAAGAAGACAUGCCAGAAAGUUUAAGAAAAGAAUGAGAGAGUCAAAAAGCUGGAUUGGCAUGGAUUCAACAGGUCCUAUUCCAAUUGAUCUUGUUGCAAACAUGGAGGUACAGCUCGAGGGGGAGGAAGAUGACUGGAAUUAUGACUCAUCCGACGAGAACUACAACUAUGAUGAAGAUUCAGAUGGGCAGAUAGUGAAGAGGAAGAGCAAGUACCCAAGAUACAACAAUGACACUGAAAUACCACAUUUCAGUUUGUCGAUGGUGUUCAGAAGCAAGAACCAACUUUGCAAAGCUUUGAGAAGAUAUGGAAUAGUCACAAAAAGGAGUAUUGAGCUUUUAAAAUCAGAGUCAGAUAGAGUGAGGGCCAAGUGUGGAUGGCCUGGUUGUCCUUGGCUAUUAUAUGCAGCAAAAGAUUCAAGAACUUCAAGAAUGCAAGUGGUUACCUUCAAUGAUGAACAUCAUUGUGCUUAGAAUAGGCAAAACAAACUUGUGACUGCUAAAGUGAUUGCACAAAGAUAUGAACACUUCAUACUAGCUAACCCAAUGUGGAAGAUUGACAGCAUGAAAGCAACAGUUCUCCAAGAUAUGUUUGCCGAUGUGUCAACUUCUAAGUGUAAGCAUGCAAAAAAGCUUGUCAUGGACAGAUUGAUGUGUGGUAUGAAGAACGAAUACACUCGAGUGUUUGAUUACCAGUUGGAACUAUUGAGGAGCAAUCCUGGAAGCACUAUUGCAGUAUGUUUGGACCCAACAAACAUGGAUCAAAACAUAUUUCAGAGUUUUUAUGUUUGCUUUAAUGCAAUGAAACUUGGUUUCAAAGCUGGUUGCAGGAAAGUAAUAGGGCUCGAUGGCUGUUUCUUCAAAGGAGCAGUGAAGGGGGAGCUUUUGUGUGCAAUAGCAAGAGAUGCCAACAACCAGAUGUAUCCAGUGGCUUGGGCUGUAGUUGAGAAGGAAACAAAAGAAAGUUGGAAGUGGUUUGUUGGGCUGCUUAUCAAAGAUCUGGAUAUCAACAACAAUGGAGCCGGCUGGGUUGUUAUUUCAGAUCAGCAAAAGGGAUUAAUAAAUGCAAUGCAAGACUAUCUUCCAAAUGCAGAACACAGGAUGUGUGCUAGGCACAUAUAUGCGAACUGGAGAAAGAAACAUAGAUCUCAUGAGUGGCAGAAAUUUUUUUGGGCCAUUGCAAAAGCUUCUAACAAGCAAGAUUUCAACUAUCGCAAAGCAAAACUUGCUCAAGAGACACCUGAUGGAGUGAAGGACAUUAUGAGGACAGAGCCUAUGCAUUGGGCAAGGGCAUUUUUUCAGCUAGGCUCAAAUUGUGAGUCUGUCGACAAUAAUCUCUGUGAGUCAUUCAAUCACUCAAUAGUAGAUGCAAGGUUUUAUCCAAUAAUUUCCAUGCAAGAGAGAAUCAGGAAGAAGAUACUUGUUAGAGUGCAAGAACAAAGGGCAAAGAGUGAGAAGUGGAAUGGGACAAUAUGUCCUAGCAUUUUCAAGAAGUUGAAGGCAAGUAUUGCAAGGACACAGUUUGUUGAAGUGCUUUGGAAUGGCCCAGGUGGAUUUGAAGUGAAGCACAUCAAUGGCAGAGGAAGACAAUACACUGUAAAUCUUGAUAAAUGGACAUGCUCAUGUGGAUACUUCCAGUUGGCGGGUCUUCCUUGCUGCCAUGCAAUUAGUGCCAUCUACAAGUGUGGAAAAAAAGUAGAUGAUUUCAUCCACCCUUGCUAUUCAGUUGAUGUGCAGAAAAAAUAUAUAUGACCACUGUUUGCAGCCUGUUGAGGGUGAGGAGAUGUGGCCAGUUUCUCCAAAUCCUAGGCCACAAGCACCUGGAUAUGUGAAAAUGCCAGGCAGGCCUUCUAACAAUGACAGGAAGAGGGAAGAAACAGAGAAGCCGAAGGGUAAGAAAAUGAGCAAACAUGGAACUGUGAUCAAGUGUUCAUUGUGUGGUAUCAUUGGACACAACAAGGCUAGCUGCAAAAAGAAUCCAGAGAGAGGAAAGAAAAAUAAUGCACACCUAGUUAAGAGCAAGAAAGCAGAGCAGGCACAAGGUAGUACUACUCAAACUGCUGCCCCAGCUGCACCAACUUCUCAACCUGCUGCCCCAGCUACACCAAGAACUCAUACUGCUGCCCAAGCUGCACCAAGAAGUUCUCAAGCUGCUGCCCCUACUGCAGCAAGAACUGCUCAAGCUGCAGCCCCAUCAAACAAGUUCAAACCUCCAAGAAAAAGAUCUGCACCCUUUCAACCUGGAGCAUCUUCAGUGCCUGGUGGAACAUCUUCAUCUUCAUUGCUUGGAACAAAUGCUUCUAGAACUGGAGCAAAAAGGGGCAGAGGAAGAUCUGCAUCUUCAGUGCCAAGUUAUGCAUAUUUCACUUGCAGUGGCAACUACUAGUGCCAAAGUCAUGUGUCAUGUGUCCUCAAUAUUUUUGAUUAUUUUGCAAGCACUGCCAAGUUUGGUUUAAUGUCGCAAACAUGUAAUGUUUAUGCACUGCCAGACGUUGCAGAAUAUUGCCAUCUUUGGUGUAAUCUCCCAGAUUUAUGAACUAUGAAUAUCCAAGAUUUCUGCGGUUUAUAUGUACCAAAUGCCCCAGAUUUAUUCUGCAGUUUAUAUGUA